AUGCCGUGGUCUAUUCCCCAUAUCCCAUACCCGUCGUCUAAGCCUGGGUUUUGGAGUCCCGUCACCUCUACUCUCAACUGGUGCGAAGAGGAUUACUAUGCCACCGUUUAUGCCGCUGAGAUCGUUAACACCUUGACCAACCUCCUCUUCAUGUGGUUAGGUAUCAAGGGUAUAAUGAGCUGUCGGCGCAACCAGCAUGCGCAGGUCUUCCAGGUAGCCUUGGUGGGAUACUUGGUGCUGACCGCUAUAUGCCGCUCAGACCCCAUGCAACUAGUGGAUGAGCUAUCAAUGAUUUAUACGACAUGUUUGAUGGCCUACGCGAGCUUCUCCUAUACUCGCCCGCUGAGUGUGCGCGUUGUUCUAGCUGUCUCGCUCACAUUCCUAUCCGUCUUUAUUACCCUAUAUUAUCACUAUCUUCAGGAUCCAGUUUUCCACCAGAAUGCAUAUGCAAUUCUCACAACAGUUGUCGUCCUGCGCAGCAUGCAUACGAUGGAAGUUACCCUUCGACCCCGGUGGCGUAAGUCGCGGGAGGAAGACCGACUGUAUAGACAGAAGCAAGGACUCCCAGUACCCAGCAAAGAACGCCAACACUACGAGAAUGUACGAGAUAUGAAAACCCUCAAGACAAUGUGGUUCAUGGUGGUUUAUGGCCUCACCAUGUUUCUCGGCGGAUUCGCAAUCUGGAACCUGGAUAAUGUUUACUGCUCCAACAUUCGCCGGUGGAGGCGGCAAGUGGGCCUACCGUGGGGUAUCUUUUUGGAAGGCCAUGGUUGGUGGCAUAUUAUGACUGGUAUCGGCGCAUAUCUCUACAUUGUCUGGGGUAUCUGGCUACGACACUGUCUCAACGGACACCAAGACGACUAUCAUCUGCGUUGGGCGCAUUUUUGGCAAAUCCCAGAAGUUAUUCGUACCACACCUGCAACAGAGACCAGCGUAUCCCGAGACAAAAAGUCUACCUAA